AUGGACGAGGCCAGCAGCGAUAUGUUGUUGAUGGCGGCUCCGUACCUGGUCGCGGGCAGAGGGCGGAGUCGGCUUCCUCCUGCCGAAAAAGGUGGCUUUAGGCAGCAGGAUGGCUGCCAGGCUGGGCUCCAGAGGUGGGACAGAGGGAAAACCACGGUCAGUGAGGCCCUCGACCUUCGUGAAGUUGACGUACCUCGCCACCGGCGCCUUCAGCUUCCCAGGCUCGGCCCCCGCUUCGGAGAGAAAAGGCUGAAGCGGUGGAAAAAGGGGCCACACAGGAACCUGUUUGGAGGCUUGCUCUGGCUGGUAGAUGUCGCCGAGCAUGGCGCUAGGAGCAGGUGCAGGAGGCUCAGCAGGCAUCGGCACGCCCUUGCGCUCAGCAGCCGUCUUUAUUAUGUCGGGGAGAUCCCGGAGGAGAGCCCCGCAGGACGGCAAGCUGGAAGGCGGAAGUGGAGCAGGAGCCAGCGACGCCGCCUUCUCAUCCAAGUCAAACUCCAGAUCUUCCAGCGGGAAGAGGGGAGAGCCUGGCGGGGAGCCAGCAAUGGAGGGAGCAAAGUCAGAGGACUCGAGCCCUGCAUCGCCAGCAGUCCCGCCGGCGAGGUCCGCCGUGAAGCUAACUGGCUUAGCCCAGCUAGCUUCGUCGUCCUCCUCCUCCUGCAGGGCCGCGAAGGCGUCGACCCGCCGUCGCUUCUCCUCCACGGGCAGCUGUGCGCAGUAGGGGCACGAGGCCCGGGGAGUCAGAGCCAGGCCAGCGUGCUGGGGACCGAGGCAGGUCUCGCAGCGGGCGUGGAGAUCAAACCCCAUGAUGUAGCCGGCGUGGCAGGACGGGCAGAGGCGGACUCCUUCCGAGCGGCGGACCUCAACGGUAGAGCGGUGAGUAGCCAUAGGAAAAGCUCUUUAGUCAGGAAAAUUGCUCUUUAGACGCUACUCUGCUCUCCGAAGUGACUGCUAUGCAGCGC